GGAAAGGGGGAGGGUGAUGGGAAACUGAGGUACACCUGGUUGGGACAUGCUGCUUGUCAUUUGCAGAUCCCUAUACCUCAAUCACUCAAUGUCCUUACCGACCCCGUCUUCUCUCAACGUUGCUCCCCCUUCCAAUUCAUGGGUCCAGCCAGGUAUACUCAACCUCCUACCUCUGUGGAGGACCUAGCCUCCUCGCAAGCCUGGCCAGAUGUGGUCCUCAUCUCGCACAAUCAUUACGAUCAUCUCGACUACAAUACCAUGCGUCUCAUUGCUGCUCGACCUGGCGGGAGGGAAUUACCGGUAUUUGUCGUCCCGCUGGGGUUGGCGACGUGGUUUAGGACGAACAUGAAGGAGCUGCCAGAGGAGAAGCUGGUGGAGUUGGAUUGGUGGGACGAGAGAGUCAUCGAGGCACGCUUUCCCAACAACGACAACGGCAGCGCAACAGCAGGAGUAGGAGGAGAAGGGGGAGAGUCACUUGGGAGAUUGAGGAUUGUAUGCACUCCUGCGCAGCAUUUCUCCGGUCGAGGAUUGGGCGAUUCGGGCCACACACUCUGGGCUUCGUACGCAUUGCAUGUUCUCCCUCCUUCUUCUUCCUCCUCCUCCUCCUCCUCGAGCUCGGACUCAAGCUCGACUUGCCCUCUAGCCCGCAUCUGGUUCUCUGGAGAUACAGGGUACCGCUCCGUCCCCCGCAAGGCUACGCGCGAGCAAGAAGACUCCCUCCCGCACUGUCCCGCCUUUGGCGAAAUUGGUUCUCUCCUCGGUCCUUUUGACCUAAGUCUAAUAGCCUGUGGAGCUUAUGAUCCUCGUUCCUUUAUGAGUAGAAUUCAUGCUGCUCCUCAUGAAAGUAUUAGGAUUCACAAGGAGAUUAAAAGUAAAAGGACAUUUGGGAUUCAUCAUAGUACUUUUAGACUUACACCGGAAGAAGUCAAUGAGCCUGCCAUGAAAUUGCUCGAAGAGGCGAGAUUGGCUGGAUGUGAGGAGGGGGAAGUGGAGAAUGUUGAGAUUGGAGAGACGAAGGUGGUU